GUACUACUGUCUAAUGUAUUAUACUUUUUGGAUAACUAACCAUGUCCGCGACCAAGACGAGCGCGGGCCAGCGCGCUGAGCGCAUCAAGCAGGAGGUGGUCAAGCUGUCGGCAGAGGAGGCUGCCAACCAGCAGGUGCUGCAGCACUACGCCAAGACGGUGUACUUCAACGACCUGUGGGUGUCCUUCCUAAGCAAGAUGGCGGGGCUCGUUGCGCUGAUGAGCUACCUGGAGGUGCAACGCAUGCGCCGCAGUCCUCGCGGUAUCAGCUUCGUCGUGGGGUUCGAGGCUCUAUCUGUGCUAAUCGGGGCCAGUACGGUGCUCUUCAUUCGGCGGUGGUUAAACCCGCUGCUAGCGUUCAAGGUCGCCUUCGCCUUCUCGCUUCUGCAAGGCUUUUGGUAUGUGGCUAGCUACUCGUCGCGCUUCAUGGAACUGCCACGUCAGGCGGGCGAUCUGCUGGCUGAGCAGAUCCCUUUCGGCCUCAUCUACUUCGUUGUCUGCUGGGUCUCGGACCGCUUCAUGGUGCGCUCACAAGAUAUCGCGAAGCAGACGGCUGAGGACAUGCGCGCCGUACUCAAAGGCAAGACAGCGUAAAAGUGCAACAAUUCGGCGCCCCAUUGCACCAAGGCGAAAGGUAUGGAGAAAAGGUCGGGGCAACUACACCCCUGAGGCAACUAUAUACCCGAAGGUUGCUAGAUGGCAUUUUGAUAGGGAUCAGCUAGUGAAAUAUCAACAACAUAACAUAAAGUUGUUCAAAAAUGCGU